UUAGCAACAAGAACAACAAAAAAUCCCACUUUCCUUAUCAAAGAGAAAAACUACUGGCAUCAAAAGCAGCAAUAGCAUAUAAUACAAUUUACAUGGUAAGACUAGUAGUGGCCAUAACUCCAUAUACAUUUUACUCUUUGUUUUGAGCUUUCACAUAUCAAACACAGAACAAGAAAGGCACAGCAAAAAUGGCAUCCUCAACUUUGUUUGGCAACACUUUAACAGCUGUUUCUUCAAGAACCCACUUUCCAACCCCAAUCUUUAACAACAACUCACUAGAAUUGUUGUCUUCCACACACUCUAACUACAGCUUCAAAACCAAGACAAGUACUAGUGCUAAGAAAUUGAAAGUGAAAGCUGUAGUGACUGAGACACCUGCUGGGAGUAAAUCAGAAGGGCAACAAUCGGAGCAAAGAAAGUUAAAGGUUCUGGUUGCUGGAGGUGGGAUUGGAGGGCUGGUUUUUGCAUUGGCAGCAAAAAAGAAAGGGUUUGAUGUGAUGGUUUUUGAGAAGGAUUUGAGUGCAGUAAGAGGAGAAGGACAAUAUAGAGGUCCAAUUCAGAUACAGAGCAAUGCAUUAGCUGCUUUGGAAGCUAUUGAUUUAGAUGUUGCUGAGGAGGUUAUGAGAGCUGGGUGUAUCACUGGUGAUAGGAUUAAUGGACUUGUUGAUGGGGUCUCUGGUACUUGGUAUGUCAAGUUUGAUACCUUCACUCCUGCAGCAGAACGAGGGCUUCCGGUCACAAGAGUUAUUAGCCGAAUGACUUUGCAACAAAUCCUAGCUCGUUCAGUUGGAGAUGAUAUGAUUCUUAAUGAUAGUAAUGUUGUUAGUUUUCAGGAUGAUGGGGAUAAGGUCACUGUGGUGCUCGAGAAUGGGCAACAAUACGAAGGCGAUCUCCUAGUUGGUGCUGAUGGAAUAUGGUCAAAGGUGAGGAAGAACUUGUUCGGGCCCAAGGAACCAGUGUACUCAGGCUAUACAUGUUAUACCGGUAUAGCAGAUUUUGUGCCUGUUGAUAUUGAGACUGUUGGGUAUCGUGUAUUCUUGGGUCACAAACAAUACUUCGUUUCUUCAGACGUGGGUGCUGGAAAGAUGCAGUGGUAUGCAUUUCACAAGGAACCACCUGGUGGCAUGGAUGCCCCCCAUGGUAAAAAGGAUAGGCUCUUGAAAAUAUUUGAGGGUUGGUGUGAUAAUGUGAUAGAUUUGCUACUGACCACAGAUGAAGAUUCCAUUCUUCGUCGUGACAUUUAUGACAGGGAACCCAUUAUUACAUGGGGAAAGGGCCGCGUGACCUUGCUUGGGGAUUCUGUCCAUGCCAUGCAACCGAAUAUGGGUCAAGGGGGAUGCAUGGCCAUUGAGGAUAGCUACCAACUCGCAUCGGAACUUGAGAGAGCAUGGAAACAAAGCAUUGAAUCAGGAACCCCUGUUGAUGUUCUUUCGUCACUAAGGAGCUAUGAGAAUGCUAGAAGACUUCGAGUUGCUAUUAUCCAUGGAAUGGCAAGAAUGGCAGCAAUUAUGGCUUCAACAUACAAGGCGUAUCUGGGUGUAGGACUUGGUCCACUGUCGUUCUUGACAAAUUUUCGGAUACCUCACCCAGGAAGAGUCGGAGGCAGGUUUUUUAUUGACAUAGCAAUGCCUGUAAUGCUUGAUUGGGUAUUGGGUGGAAAUAGUUCAAAACUUGAAGGGAGGUCUCUGAGUUGCCGACUCUCAGACAAAGCCAAUGACCAGUUGCGAAGAUGGUUUGUAGAUGAUGAUGCCCUAGAGCGUUCUCUUAACGGAGAGUGGUUUCUUUUAUCAUGUGGAAAUGAUGCUGUUGCUUCACAACCUAUUGGUUUAAGUAGGGAUGAGAACAAACCCUGUGUGGUUGGGAGUGUCUCACAAGAGGAUUUUCCGGGAAUGUCCAUAGUGAUACCUGCACCGCAGGUUUCAAAAACACAUGCUCGUAUAACUUGUAAAGAUGGUGCAUUUUACUUGAUUGAUUUGCGCAGUGAGCAUGGUACCUUUAUCACAGAUAUUGAGGGGAGACGGUAUAGGGCACCUCCAAAUUUUCCUACCCGAUUCCAUCCAUCAGACAUGAUUGAGUUUGGUUCAGAUAAGAAGGUAAUAUUUCGAGUAAAGGUGAUGAGGUCUCCUCCAAAGAUUUCAGAGAAGAAGGAUGAGGGUCAAGUUCUUCAGUCAGUAUAAAACUCUGGAGGUCAUUGAAUUUUACUUGCACAGUAAUUUAUACAGCAAUUAUUCGGUGCAGUGAGCAAUGUCAUUCUGCUGCCAUUUUUACACUCUAGGAUUGGAAGUACAGAGUCUUGUAUAAGAUUUGGGAAAUUCAUGCAUUGUUCUAGUAUGAACUGGAAUUAUUCUCAAAAAAAAAAAAAGAGAUGCCAGUAAGAUUAUCAAUGUAAAUCCUCCAUGAGUUUAAAGAAUGAUCAA